ACUGUCAAACAGAUAUUUGUCUAUCUACUUCUACCAUUGAUUCCUUAUACUCAUAAAAUAAACCCAGUACACCUAAUCAUAAAUUUAAUAAACAAGGAAAACUUACUUUUAAAACUAUAUAGGUAGCAUAUAAACUAAAACUUACAGUCGAUUUGAAAGCAAGGUCAUAAAUCUUUCUAGAAGUCAGAAUAAUUAAGUCACCGUCGAAAUCAAGGUUUGCUUUCGCUGUCAGCAGAGUGACAUGGCUUCUACAGAGGCCACUCCGGCACACACUGGCAAAUUCAUCCUCAACAAUGGAAAAGUAAUGCCUGCUAUUGGACUUGGUACAUUCAGAAUAAGAAAUGGUGAUGUUGUCAUGAAAGUUAUGGAUUGGGCUUUAAAUGCUGGCUACCGCAUGUUUGAUACUGCAGCAGUUUAUGGAAAUGAGAGUCAUUUAAAGAUAGCAUUGAAAACCCUACUCCCUAAGUAUGGCCUGGAACGAGAAGAUAUUUUCAUAACAACUAAACUAUCUCCUUCAGAUCAUGGCACUAAAGAAAUAGUUGAACAUGCUUACAAGAAGUCUCUAGAGAAUUUGGGAUUAGAUUAUGUGGACUUGUACUUGAUCCACUUUCCAGGAACUGCUGGGAUUCCAUCUAAUCACAUUAACAACAAACAUAUUCGCAAUGAAACAUGGAAAGCACUAGCAGAGUUGUACAAGGAAGGUCGUAUUAAGGCAAUUGGUGUUUCAAAUUUCACAGUUGUACAUUUAGAGCAGUUAAUGGCUAAUAAUUAUGGGGUUAUACCAGCCGUUAAUCAGGUGGAAUGGCAUCCUUACUACCAACCACAAGACGUAUUAAUCUAUUGUAAAAAAAAUAAUAUUUUGUUACAAGCAUACUGCUCCUUUGGUGGUACAUCAUCAGUUAAUAUGUCCAUGAUGCAGGAUCCAGGUGUCAAUAAAAUAGCUAAAACACUUAACGUGUCAUGUGCUCAGGUUCUUUUAGCAUGGGCGCUACAACAAGGUAUUGCUGUAAUCCCAAAGUCCACCUCUCAAGCACGGAUAAACGAGAAUAUUUCUAUUAACUUCACUAUUCCGAAUGAGGACAUGAAAGUGUUGAAUGCUCUAGGUUCUCGUAAAAUAAAAUAUGCGUGGGAUCCCACUGAAGUGGCUUAGAAUAUAUAUAGCGUAGUGUCUGCUGAAGCGAAUUAAUGACAAUCAUAUUCUUUUAUAUUUGUGCAUUUGUUGACUAUUAUUAUUGAGUGUAUUGUAUAUAAAGUAUAUUAAAUUUUCAAGGACAUAUUAAUAGAAAUGUAAUAACUUCAACAACUAAAGGAAACUCGUCAUGAUGUUAUUUUUAUAUUUUUAACUAUCCCGAUCGCUAUAGCGAAUCCGAUCCGCUUAUAAAAUGCUAGUAUUAAAUUUGGCUAAUUUAAGAACCUCUGCUGUCGGAUGUUCGAAGUUAGAAAAAUGUAUAUAUAUUAUUUAAACUAUUAAUUAUUUUUAUCUAAUUAAUUAUUAAAUACCAUAUGAAACUCAGAUCACGACUUUAAGAUUAUUGUAAGAUUAAGGUAUUGUCACUUCAGUUGAUUUUUUUAUCUAGAUUCUAUUUUCUAAUUUGAUAUGAUUAAAUAUAUAAUUAUGUUUGCACUCAAUUUGUGAUAAAUUAAAAACUAAAUAAGUAUAAACUAUAUAAUGUCAAUUUUGAAGAGCUAAAAGCUCUCGUUAAAUCACUGCAUUGCGAAAGAGACUUUUCUUAUAUGUCAAAUACAUACAUGUAUUUUUUAUUUUAUAAUAGUAAAAAAUGCAUUGCAAUA